GCUCUGGCGCUGCGGACGGGUGCGCCGAGCCCCAGCCUCGGGGUGCGCCCAGCGGUAGCCCUUAGCGGCGCCUCUCCUUCGUGGCGGCGAACAUGUUCUCAGUGAGGGUCGUGACCGCCGAUUACUACAUGAGCAGCCCGCUACCCGGCCUGGACCCCUGCCAGUCCCCCUUUAGGGAGGCCCCCGUGAAGAAGGUGCCCGUGGUGAGAGUCUUCGGUGCCACUCCAUCGGGUCAGAAGACUUGUCUCCAUUUACAUGGUAUUUUCCCUUACUUGUAUGUGCCAUACGAUGGUUAUGGACAUUUGCCAGAUCAUUAUCUGCGUAGCUUGGCAUUCAGCAUUGACCGGGCACUCAAUGUCACUUUAGGAAAUCCAUCUUCUUCUGUUCAGCAUGUGUUUAAGGUGUCACUAGUAUAUGGAAUGCCUUUUUAUGGAUAUCAUGAAAAAGAAAGGCAGUUCAUGAAGAUAUAUCUUUACAAUCCUGCUAUGGUAAAAAGAGUAUGCGAGCUUCUACAAGGUGGAGCUAUAAUGAAUAAAAUUUACCAACCUCAUGAAGCUCAUAUUCCCUACCUCCUUCAGCUCUUUAUAGAUUAUAAUUUAUAUGGAAUGAAUUUAAUCAAUCUGGCUGCGGUCAAGUUUAGAAAAAUAAAGAAAAAAGGUGAUGCAUUUGAAGAAAUUGGAAGUUGCAGAGAUAAUUGGACAAGAUCUGCUACCAGACCCCAUCAGCGGGAAGAUAAUCAGAUUCCUAGCUCUUUGAUAUUGGAAGAUAUAGAGCCACAGAGUACCUGUGAAUUGGAAGUGGAUGCAGUAGCUGCUGAUAUUUUAAAUAGAUUGGAUAUUGAAGCCCAGAUUGGUCAGAAUCCAGGGUUACAAGCAAUAUGGGAGGAUGAGAAACAGCGGCGUAGGAAGAACAAAGAGUCAUCACAAAUUACUCCUCCUAACUCACAAGAUCGUGGAUUUGUGGCUGCAACAGAAAGUGAAAGAAUCUUUCAGAAGAGACUUAAAGAAAUACUCAAGCAAAGUGAUUUUUCUAUGACAUCUGGCUCAAUGGACAGCAAUAAUGAAUCACAAGAAUUCUCUGCUGAAUUGACAUUACAGUCUGAGAUACCUAAAGUUGUUUCAUGUUCACCAGCAAAUAUGAUAGAAGUACACAGUGAUAAGGAGCUGCAUAGAGAAGAGUCUGAGAGCAAAUAUAAAGAGGAUGCACUUAUAAAUGAAGAAGCCAUUUUGAAUAUAAUGGAAAAUAGUCAAUAUUUCCAACCCGUAUCUCAGAGAUUUAAUAAUACUCCUGUGUUUAUGAAUAACAGUGCUGAUCAAGCCAUGAUUCACCUUUUAGCUGGAUUGGAAGAUGAUGGAUAUGAGAUGGUACAACAAAAUGCAUCAUCACAGCAUUAUUCUUCUGGACAUUAUAGAAAUCUUCAGAAUAGUGAUGAUGAAGAAAAUGAGCCACAGAUUGAAAAAGAAGAAAUGGAGCUCAGUUUGCUAAUGUCCCAACAAUGGGACAGCAGCUCAAAUGAUGUUGAUGCAAAGAGAAGGUCAAUGGGCAGAAGUAGAAAUCAAAGUUCAGGUGAAGAUGAUAGUUCUUCUGAAGAUGAUAUGGACUGGAAUGAUAAUGUGCUUCUAGCAAGCCUUUCUAUACCUCAAUUAGAUGGAACUGCAGAUGAAAAUGGUGACAAUCCUUUAGACAAUGAAGUUUCUCGGACCCACACCUCUGCAAUUGCAACAAGCAAAACUGUAAAGACCACAAUUUUUCAUAAAGAUGCUGCUAUUCUGGAACCCCCAUCAUCUGCCAAAAUAACUUUUCAGUGUAAACACACAAGUGCCCUUUCUUCUCAUGUUUUGAAUACUAAUGACUUAGAAGGUCUUACUCAACCAAGCAUGAUAGAUAUAAGACCUGACUUAUCAAUCCAUUCUCUUUCAAAUGAAAGUAUUUACAACAUGAAAUACCCAGCGUCCUUCAACAAUAUCCUCCAUUCUGAAAAGCUACAUCAGGAAAAUAAUAAAAGUGAAAAAGGCCCUGUUUUGUGUGAAGACAUCUCCUCUGUAAGCAGACACCUGCCUAGCAGAAAGUAUACUGGAAUUAGAAAGGUUGCAAAGGAUGUAUCUCAGCAUAUGAACCACCAAAUUAGUGAAAAUAUUCUAACAAAGAAGUCUAACUUUGUGGAUUUAGUUUAUUCCAAAAAUAAAACAUCUUCUGAAAUAAAUAUAAAAGCAAACUCUACCGAUUUAAAUAGCCUUUUCCCAGCACCAGUAAACUGUGAAACUAUGUCUUGCUCAGAGAGUAAUCAGACUCUUAUUCUUUCUUCUGAAAAAAGCACUGACAGAGAUAGCCUUAAUAACUUUAAACUUAGAUAUGAAGAAUUUGAGGAACACGAGACUGAAAAAAUAAAUGUAAAUCAACAGGCAACACACUAUAUGUUCUUUCCUAGUGUAGUUCUUUCUAAUUGUCUCAAUCAGCCGCAGAAGUUGGGCCCUGUGACAUACAAACUGCAACAUGGCAAAAAACAGUCUAAGCUAAAACGAAAUAAAAAGAAAAUGGUUCUUGGCAAUCAGCGGUCUGCAAGUGCCACGGAUGCCUUAGCCGCAAAAGAAAGCUGCUAUGUCCAAGAUAAUGCAAGUAGCAAUAUAUCUGAUAGAGACAUUUUGUUACCAAAUGAUACUCAAGUUCAUCAUACAGUUUUUGAAAACAAAAUAUCCACAGACACCAGGAGCUAUACUGAUUGUCAUUUUGAAGAUUUUGCUCAAGAAUCUGAGCAAACCUUCGGGCUGUGUGGUAAUAAAUAUACACUCAGAGCUAAACGUAAAAUAAAUUACGAAACUGAAGACAGUGAAUCUAGUUUGGGCAUACAUAAUUCAAAAAUCACGCUACCUCAUUCUGUAGAAAAUGAUGAAAAUGUGGAUGGUUCUAAAAAAUGUAGAAAACGAAGGCGACUUUCAAGAAAAUUGCCACCUGUUAUUAUAAAAUAUAUUAUUAUUAAUAGGUUCAGGGGGCGGAAAAAUAUGCUUGUUAAGCUGGGAAAAAUAGAUUCUAGUGAAGAACAAGUAUUUCUUACUGAAGAGAGAAUGAAUCUAUAUAAGAAGCUUGCACCUUUGAAGGACUUCUGGCCAAAAGUUCCUGAUUCACCUGCAACCAAAUAUCCUAUUUAUCCAUUAACACCAAAGAAAAGUAACAAAAGAAAAGCAAAAUGUAAGUCCACCAAGAAAAGGCUGGGUGGGAAACCACAAAAUAUAAAAAGUAAAACUAUUAGAAGAACCCUGUAUUUCAGAAAAAGGACUCAUGCCUUUCUUUCCCCUCCUUUGCCAUCAUACAGUGCUGAAACUGAAGACUGUGACUUGAAUUAUAGUGAUGUUAUGUCUAAAUUAGGUUUUCUGUCAGAAAGAAGUGCAAGUCCAGUUAAUGUAUCCCCACCCCGUUGCUGGUCUCCCACUAACCCAAAUGCCGAAGAAAUUGUGUGUAAUCUAGAAAAAGAAACAUUAGUGUUUCAAAAUACUAACAGGUUCAGCAGUAAAACUGUUAAUUCCAAUGUGGGAAAACAUGUUCAGUCAAAAACUCAGAUUAAAAAAUGUAGAAAGCAAUUUGUUAAUGCUACUAUAAGAAGCAACAAAAAAAGCAAUCAGUCUAAUAAACCUAGAAAUAAUUUGAAGAAAAAGCCAAGAUCAAAACAGAAACAAAAAUUUAAAAAAGUUUCAACAUUGGUGAAGAUUGCAGAUGGUCAAAAUAGUAUUUCUCCUGUAGCAGAACUUAAACUUGCACCACACCCCUGGGAUUUACCUGAGAACGUUCACAACCUGGGAAAUUCACAACCAUUUACAAAAGAGAUUGUAUCAACUGGCUGUUCUACAGGACACCCACCUUCAGCACAGCUUUCAUUAACAGCUAAAGCCCAAGUAAAUCCAUUGAUUUAUUUCCAAUCAUUGUUGGAAAAUGAAAAGCCUAUUGGGCACCAAGGUUCCAGUUUGACAGAGGAUCUUCAUCCAGGCUUAGCUUCUCUGAUAUCUGGAAGGGAAAAAGCCAAAAUAAAUUUCCAAAGAUCUAAUAGUCAGAGUGGUAUAUUUAGGAUGGAAGAAUCCUCGAUUCAGAAUAAUGUAUAUGACCAGUGUAACUAUAUAUCUCAGGUAGCACUGAAGGCAUAUAGUUCUAAGGAUGCACUUAAAAAGACAGAAGAAGUUUCAAAUUCACAAAACAAACUUUUAUCCUCUGUGGGAAAAGUAAAUGAAAACUCUUCUUCUGAUGUGAUCAAUAGUGAUCAGAUUCAUCCUGGUAAUUUCCUGCGUUGCAAAGAUAAUCAGCAGCAAAUAGUUCAUUUGUCAGAAGCAACAAAGCAUGCUGAUCAUAUUUCUUCUUUUUUAAAACCUGAGGAAAGCCAUGGAUCGUUUCAGUUACAAAAAAAAUGCUUUGUAGCUUCUUUAAGAAGUCCAGUGAACAAAUCAGAAUGGGAACAGAAACAGAAGGGAUUUAUAUUGGAUGUGUCACAUUUUAGCCCUGAAAAAAAUACAAAACAAAAAGUAGUGUCAGAAACAAUAUCUCAAGCCCAAACAGAUUCUCAAUGUAAGAGCAAGGGUCUGGUAACUCCUUCAGCAAUCAUUGAAGGACAUUCUGGCUUAGCAGUUCUGAAAGAAUUACUCCAAAAGAGACAACAGAAAAUGCAGAUGAACAACAUUCAUGGACAAGCAUCAGCUAAAUCUCAGUCGAACAUAGAUGCCUCCUUCCCUCUUGAUUCAAAUAAACCAGCUAAAAAAACUUGUUCUGUUGCAUCUUCAAGAAAACCUCGUAUUCCUAGGGAUAAAAAAUCUAAAGAAAAGGUGGUCAAGCUUUUAAAAGACACAGCAAAACAACUAAAUAAUAAAACUGGCCAUGUUACACCUGCUGAUAGUUCCAUUCUUUAUUCAGAUGCUGGUUUUGAAAGCUGUUACUCACUUGAAGAUAGUCUGUCACCUGAUCAUAAUUACAAUUUUGAUAUUAAUGCCAUAGGGCAGACUGGAUUUUGUAGUUUGUAUUCUGCAAGUCAAUUUGUCCCAGCAGAUCAAAAUUUACCACAGAAGUUUCUGAGUGAUGUAGCUCAGGAUCAUUAUCCAGGUCAAGCAGCAGAAACUGAAUUUUUAAAUCAUAAUAAAAUACCUAAGGAAGAAAAUAUACAUAAUUCAGAUCCUCAAUCUUGGUUAAGAUCUGGCCAACAUAGUCCUCAACUUUUUGAUAAAAGAUGUCUGGAAAACAAUGAAAAUCUUCUCCACAAUCAGUGGAAAACCAUUCUUCCACCUACAUCUCAACCUGGUUCACCAGCAGAUGGUCAGCAGGCUGAAAUGUGCCAUAAAGAACAACUUCAGUUGGAUAGACAUAUUAUGAAGAAAGCAAUUUUUCUUAAUCUUUCAUCUCCAAAUGGUGAUUGGAGUCAAAAUCCCUUUAGAAAAGAAGUCAUUUCUGAACCUGGGCAAUUGCUUGAUUCAGUUAGUAUUUCUUUUUCUUCUAUCUUAUCUUCUCCGGAUGGUGAACUUAUAGAUGCUGCUUCUGAAGAUUUAGAGUUGUAUAUUUCAAGAAACAAUGAGGGAUUAACAGCAACCCCUGACAGUUCACCUAGAUCUACAAGCUCUCCAUCACAGUCAAAAAAUGGAAGUUCUACAGCUCGUGCUGCUCACAUCCUUAAACCUCUAAUGUCACCUCCUAGUCGUGAAGAAAUCAUGUCAACUUUAUUAGAUCAUGAUCUGGCAGAAACAAUUUAUCAAGAACCUUUUUGCAGCAACCCCUCUGAUGUACCUGAAAAGCCAAGAGAGAUUGGAGGAAGAGUACUUACAGUAGAAUCUAGACUUCCAAAUGAUCUACUUGAAUUUGAAGGAGAUUUCUCUUUGGAGGGACUACAACUCUGGAAGACUGCAUUUUUGGCAAUGGCACAGAGUCCUAGGCCUGGUUCUCCCCUUCGAAAUAGCCAAUUCUCUACUGAUAUAAAACAAAGGAACACCCGUAAAAUUAAUGACAAAAAGAUAGUGAUUAUGCCUUGCAAAUGUGCACCAAGCUACCAGCAAAUUCAGUCAUGGCUUCAAGCCAAAGAAGAUUAUGAAUAUUUAAAAAAAAGAGCUAUCAUCAAAUCAAUAGAAAUAGAAAAGAUUGGCGAGAGUUUGAACAAUAUGUCUUUGCCUAAGAAUCUAUGUCAUCAGAUAGUCAAGGUUGCUGUGAAUUCUGGUAUACCAAGCAAACCUGCUGUACAAUUAGAAGAUCUGUGUUUUUCAUCUUCAAAUCCCACAUCACCUCAAACCAUGGAAAAGUUUGGUGUAAAUAUCUCUGAAAUGAGUAAGUCUACCAUUAAAGUAAAGACAACACCACUUGUCACUGCAGCAAUAGAUAAGGAUAAAAAAGAGGAAGAUUGUACCAAUUAUAGUUCUCCUGAUUCACCAGGACUUCCUCCCUGGCAACAACUUGUAUCCACCAAUUCUAAGCAAUCGAAUUUAGAAGACUCGGAGGGCAUAUUGUCUUCUCUAGAAGAAAAUAAAUCUGUAGCUGAGAAAGAAGAGAAAUCUGUCAAAAAGGAAAAUAAAAUACCAUUCUGUGUCUCCCCAUUGAACAAAGAACCAGAUGGCAAUUCUGAUAUUUACUUUCAUAGUACACCUAUCAGGGAGCAUAUAUCUCAAGGAAUACCAGAAGCACUUGGAUUUACUCCGUUAUCAGCCAUAGGACGAGAUGUUCAAAAAUUUAGUUCUAGACGAGGAAAAAAUGUUGAUGCACUUCGUAAAGUACUUUUAACAACACAAAUUAAGAACCAGUUCGCUACCAUAAAUACUCAAAAGAAAGAAACUUCUCAGAUUGAAGGACCAUCUUUGAACAAUUCUUAUGGUUUUAAAAUAAGUGUACAAAACCUUCAAGAAGCAAAGGCUUUACAUGAGGUACAGUAUCUUACACUGCUAAGUAUAGAAUUGCAUGCUCGAACAAGAAGAGAUUUGGAGGCGGAUCCUGAAUUUGACCCUAUCUGUGCUUUAUUCUACUGCAUCUCAUCUGACACACCAUUGCCAGAGACUGAGAAAAUGGAAAUCACCGGUGCUAUAGUGAUCGAUAAAGACAGAACAAGAUCUAUCUCCAGCCAAGGUAAUAGAGAACAUGCCCCUUUGCUAGCAAGAUCUGGUAUCUCAGGGUUGGAAGUCACAUAUGCUACUGAUGAGAGAGCACUUUUCCAGGAGGUAGUGAAUAUUAUUAAAAGGUAUGAUCCAGAUAUUUUGUUAGGCUAUGAAGUCCAAAUGCAUUCUUGGGGAUACCUCUUACAGAGAGCUGCUGCUCUGGAUGUUGAUUUAUGUCAGAUGAUCUCUCGUGUUCCAGAUGAUAAGAAAGAGAACAGAUUUGCUUCAGAUCUAGAUGAAUAUGGAGCAGAUACAAUGAGUGAAAUAAACAUUGUUGGAAGAGUUAUAUUAAAUAUCUGGAGAAUUAUGAGACAUGAGGUGGCUUUGACCAACUAUACAUUUGAAAAUGUGAGCUUUCAUAUACUUCAUCAGCGUUUCCCACUCUUCACUCCUCGUGUUCUCUCUGAUUGGUUUGACAACAAGGCAGACAUCUAUCGGUGGAAAAUCAUAGAUUAUUAUAUUAGUCGUGUUCGUGGGAAUAUACAGCUAUUAGAACAAAUGGAUUUGAUUAGCAGAACAAGUGAAAUGGCAAGGCUGUUUGGAAUUCAAUUCUUGCAUGUAUUGACAAGAGGAUCACAGUAUCGUGUGGAAUCAAUGAUGCUGCGAAUUGCCAAACCAAUGAAUUACAUUGCUGUGACACCCAGCGUUCAACAGCGAGCUCAGAUGAGAGCCCCUCAAUGCAUUCCUUUAAUAAUGGAGCCAGAAUCCCGUUUCUACAGUAAUGCUGUCCUUGUGCUAGAUUUUCAGUCUCUAUAUCCAUCAAUAGUGAUAGCAUACAAUUACUGCUUUUCCACAUGCUUGGGACAUAUUGAAAACUUGGGGAAAAAUGAUGAAUUUAAAUUUGGAUGUACAUCUCUGAGAGUAUCUCCUGAUCUGCUGUACCAGCUCCGACAUGAUAUCACAAUCUCCCCCAGUGGAAUAGCUUUUGUUAAGCCUUCUGUAAGAAAGGGUGUACUGCCAAGAAUGCUGGAAGAAAUUUUAAAGACUAGAAUAAUGGUGAAGCAAUCAAUGAAAGCUUACAAACUUGACAAAACUAUCACUCGAAUGCUUGACGCACGCCAGCUUGGCCUUAAACUUAUAGCAAACGUCACUUUUGGUUAUACUGCUGCUAAUUUUUCUGGAAGGAUGCCAUGUAGUGAAAUUGCUGAUAGUAUUGUGCACAAAGCCAGAGAGACCUUGGAACGUGCAAUAAAAUUAGUGAAUGAUACAAAGAAAUGGGGAGCACGGGUUGUAUACGGGGACACAGACAGCAUGUUUAUACUACUGAAAGGAGCUACCAAGGAACAGUCAUUUAAAAUUGGUCAAGAAAUUGCUGAAGCAGUAACAGCUACCAAUCCCAAACCAGUCAAAUUGAAAUUUGAAAAGGUUUAUUUGCCAUGUAUAUUGCAAACCAAAAAGAGAUAUGUUGGUUAUAUGUAUGAAACAUUGGAUCAGAAAGAUCCAGUAUUUGAUGCAAAAGGCAUAGAAACUGUCAGAAGAGAUGCUUGUCCUGCUGUUUCCAAGAUACUUGAGCGUUCCAUUAAGCUACUAUUUGAAACACGUGAUAUAAGUCAUAUCAAGCAAUACGUGCAAAAUCAGUGCAUGAAAUUAUUAGAAGGGAAGGCUAGCAUGCAAGACUUCAUCUUUGCAAAGGAGUACCGAGGAAGUUCUGCAUACAGACCUGGUGCUUGUGUUCCAGCUCUAGAGAUCACAAGAAAGAUGCUUGCUUACGACCGACGGUCUGAACCACGUGUUGGUGAAAGAGUUCCGUACGUCAUUGUUUAUGGCAUGCCAGGAUUGCCUCUCAUACAGUUGGUUAGACGGCCCAUUGAUGUUUUACAAGACCCAAAUCUGAGGCUGAAUGCAACCUACUACAUAACCAAGCAGAUUCUUCCUCCCCUGGCUAGAAUCUUAUCUCUCAUUGGCAUAGAUGUUUUCAGUUGGUAUAAUGAAUUACCAAGGAUCCAGAAAGUGUCCACAAUGUCUCGCACUGAGCAAGAAUGCCGAAAAGGAACAAUCUCCCAAUAUUUCACCACCCUACAUUGUCCUGUGUGUGAUGAAUUGACUCAGCAUGGAAUCUGCAAUAAAUGUAGGAGCCAACCGCAGCAUGUUAUUGUAAUGCUAAAUCAGGAAAUCAGAGAGUUGGAGCGUAAACAUGAACAAAUAACCAAGGUAUGCAAGAAUUGUACAAGUUGCUUUGAUCGACAGAUACCAUGUAUUUCAUUGAACUGUCCGGUGCUUUUCAAAGUCUCCAGAGUGAACCGAGAAUUAUCUAAGGCACCAUAUCUUCGUCAACUACUUGAUCAGUUUUAGAUUACCUAAUGUUACAGGAUUCCAGGUGCUAUUUUUGUUUUCAAUGUUUACCACUCUAAAAUUGUCAUGCAUGGUCCUUCAAUUUCAUCUUGUCCAGGAUUUUCAUACAUUGUUGAUGUGUUCUAAAAAUAAUGAAUGUUUGUUCUAAGUAAAUUAAAAAUACAUUUGAUAAUCUGUUAAUAAUUCAUUUUUAAUGAUGCCAUUCUUUUGCCUUUUUAACAUUGUUUAUAAUACAAAUGUUGAAAUAACUGUGUUAACAUCUUGUAAACCCAUUUCAGAAUUUUAAAAAAAUUCUGUGGAUUUCGGUAGUAAUCCUGAAAAUCUUUGGAAAACUGCUGUUGUGUUUUAUUGAACUAUCAGGAUAUGUGUUACUGAUAUCUCAUCAACUUUAAAUUUUGACUGCAAAAUAUUUUGUAAAUACACUUUUUUACUUUUCAAAUACUGACUAAAAUAAUGUGCAAUGGAUUUUAUACAAUUCUAAAGCUGAUUGGGAUAUUUCUUCAUUUUGCUUGAUUCCAAGUAGAUUUGUUGUUUUGAUGAAACUGCAAACAGUAGUAAGUGUAGCAUUUUUGAAACAUUUUCUAAAAUCACUGUCUUGCUUUGGCUAUUAAUGGGGGCAUUGUGAGGAACUGUGCAAAGACAUUUUUGUUAUAAAACUGUGGGACUGUUGCAAUACUUUAAAUAAAAAAAUCCAUUUUUGCUUUUGUAUAGACAUUUCUAUUGCUUCUAAAUAUGCUUAAAUAUUUCAUUAUGUACUGUACAGUUAAAAUUUAUUUGCCAUCAUAAGAAAAUGUGUAUUUAGAAUAUUUGUAUAACUGUAUAAAAUAAGAAAUUAUGUGGUCACAGUACAUUUUUUUAAUUGGAAAUCAUUUUGUUUUUAAAAAUUAUUGCAACCAUAGUAAAUUUAAUAAAAUCAAAUAAAUGUGCAUUUUUAAAUCUCAUCGUAGUUGUACUGGAAUGUUUUAAACAAUGUUAAUAAAUUGAUGUGAAUUAGAGUUCUCUUUAAUGAGUAGAAAUUGCUCAGUGUUGCUAUUCAAAAAGUCUAUAAUUAAUAUAUAAAAUGCCAAAAAUAUUUUGAUCUUUUGAAUUUUACUGAAAGAAUAUGGCCCGUGAAAAUAUAUGAGCCGGCAAAUGCUAUAGCCUACUGAUCUUUGGAGGAAAAAAAUGGGCACAGAAGUAGCCAAAUGAUCUAAGCAACUACAGUGAAUAUACGUAAAAUCUCAUGAGUUGCACCAUAGAAUUCUGUCAAUAAUUGUGCUUAUAUGAUAGUGAAAAAUAUUAGUAUCAAUUUGUUUUCAACAUGUUAAAAUUGAUUUUUUUUGCUCAGUAACAUAACAUCUUUUUUAAAAAGUGUUCAACCCAAACUAAUCAGACCAAAUGUCUUAUGAAAUAAAUAGCUUUUAAGUGUUUUUUUAAGGCCAAGAGGAUUGAGACACCCUAUAUACCAGGAAAGCAAUAUAUUUCAGUUGUGGGGACAGACAUAGAUAAUAUCUAGCUUCUAGGAAAGGGGAUGUGAGGGUCCCCAGCUCAUGAUAUUAGGGCUUGGUCUUUAUUGUAUGAUAUUGGUCAGGAAAGAUAGUCCCAAUAAUUAUUCUGGAGUGACU